CUCAGCCGUCACAGGUCUGCAGCUGUAUCGCUUUGAGCUAGUGCUUACUGCUAACCAUUGUUCGACACAAAGUAGGCACUCAGCUGGCGUUAGCUGAUCACAAACUGGAUAACACAUGUCAGGACAGCGUUUGCAUUUGUAGGGAUUCUGUCGGGUUUUGUCCAACAUAAAUCCAAGUUCUGUGUUGGAGAAGAAGAAAGGAUCCUCUCAUCAGUGCCCACAAACUCUCUUGUCUUGUCGUCUUCCCAUCGUAUUUUUGAACCCACCAACAUGGCCGCCAUCUCAACACUCUGGCAGUUCCACUGACCAACACCGUGGACCACCACCAUGGAGAGAAAACGCAGAAAGAAAUCAAUCUAGCUGCGUCCGCCUUUUGCAGAAUGGACUUGUUUUCAGAACUGUGGACCUGAAACGACAUUAGUAAUUAAUCCAACAUUGAGUGCUCAUUUGUCAUCUGAAGUGAACAGAGACAUGAGGAAAAUGCUGCCACUUCCUGCGUGUAUGUGGGUGCUCUUUGGACUCAUGGCUGUAAUAGGGACAGAGCCAGGGACUGGAGCCAAACCAGAGUCUGGCCCGUCCCCGGUCUCCACACAGGGCUCCAACUGCACCCAGCUAACUGUCAAACUCGAGUUCUCCACUAAAGUUGUGGAGCACGAGUACAUAGUGGCAUUCAAUGGGUAUUUCUCAGCCAAAGCUCGGAGUUUGUACAUCAGUAGUGCUCUGCGAAAUGCCGGAGGAGGACUGGAGUGGCACAUUGUUCCCAGAGAAAACCCAGCGUCAGAUUUCCCCAGUGACUUUGAGCUGGUCCAUAUACGCCAGGCAUCUCCCAGCAGCCUGCUCACCCUCGAGGACCACCCCUACAUCAAGAGGGUGACUCCGCAGCGCAAAGUGUUCCGUACUCUCAAAUACAUCCCCUCUCCUGAACCGGCCGCUCCCUGUAACAGCACAGAGACAGAGCGGUGGCAGUCGUGGCAGUCCUCUCGCCCGUUCAGAAGGACAAGUCUGUCUCUGGGCUCGGGCUUCUGGCACGCCACCGGGCGCCACUCUAGCCGCCGUCUACUGCGCGCCAUCCCCCGCCAUGUGGCCCAGAUCCUGCAGGCUGAUGUGCUGUGGCAGAUGGGGCACACGGGGGCUGGUGUGAAAGUGGCUGUCUUUGAUACAGGCCUAAGUGAAAAACACCCUCAUUUCAAAAACGUUAAGGAAAGGACUAACUGGACAAAUGAGAAAACACUGGAUGAUGGCCUCGGUCAUGGGACAUUUGUAGCUGGUGUAAUCGCAAGUAUGAGGGAAUGCCAAGGUUUUGCCCCAGACGCAGAACUGCAUAUCUUCAAAGUAUUCACAAAUAAUCAGGUUUCUUACACCUCUUGGUUCCUGGAUGCUUUCAACUAUGCCAUCCUAAAGAAGAUUGAUGUUCUAAAUCUCAGUAUUGGGGGCCCAGACUUCAUGGACCACCCUUUUGUUGAUAAGGUGUGGGAGCUGACUGCCAACAGAGUGAUAAUGGUAUCGGCUAUUGGGAAUGAUGGACCUUUAUAUGGGACCCUAAACAACCCUGCGGAUCAGAUGGAUGUCAUCGGGGUUGGAGGGAUUGACUUUGAGGACAAUAUUGCCCGGUUCUCCUCCAGGGGCAUGACAACUUGGGAGCUGCCAGGGGGCUACGGCCGGGUGAAGCCGGACAUUGUGACCUAUGGCUCUGGGGUACGUGGCUCUGGAAUGAAGGAGGGCUGCCGCUCUCUGUCUGGCACCAGCGUGGCCUCUCCAGUGGUGGCAGGGGCGGUCACUCUCCUGGCCAGCACGGUACGGAAACGGGAGCUGGUGAACCCCGCCUCCAUGAAGCAGGCUCUGAUUGCCUCGGCCCGCAGGCUCCCAGGGGUCAACAUGUUUGAGCAGGGCCACGGAAAACUGGACCUGAUUCGAGCUUACCAGAUCCUCAACAGCUACAGACCUCAGGCCAGCUUGUCUCCCAGUUACAUUGAUCUGACAGAGUGUCCGUACAUGUGGCCUUACUGCUCUCAGCCCAUCUACUAUGGAGGGAUGCCCACUAUUGUAAAUGUGACUAUUCUUAAUGGUAUGGGAGUCACAGGCAGGAUUGUGGACAAGCCGAUCUGGCAGCCUUAUCUACCGCAGAAUGGUGACCACAUAGAUGUAGCGCUCUCGUACUCUCCAGUGCUGUGGCCGUGGGUGGGCUACUUGGCGGUCUCCAUUUCUGUGGCCAAGAAAGCGGCAUCGUGGGAAGGAAUAGCUCAAGGUCAUGUGAUGGUAACCGUGGCGUCGCCUGCAGAGAACGAUUCGGAUGUGGAGGGAGAGCUGACCUCCACUGUCAAACUGCCUAUCAAAGUGAAGAUUGUGCCUACACCCCCGCGCAGCAAGAGGGUGCUGUGGGACCAGUACCACAACCUGCGCUACCCACCGGGUUACUUUCCCCGUGACAACUUGAGAAUGAAGAACGACCCAUUAGACUGGAAUGGGGAUCAUAUACACACUAACUUUAGGGACAUGUACCAGCACCUAAGAAGCAUGGGAUACUUUGUUGAAGUACUGGGAGCGCCCAUAACAUGCUUUGAUGCUAGUCAAUAUGGCACAUUGCUAAUGGUGGACAGUGAGGAAGAGUAUUUCCCUGAGGAGAUAACAAAGCUGAAGAGGGACAUUGAUAAUGGCCUGUCUCUCAUUAUCUUCAGUGAUUGGUACAACACGUCUGUCAUGAGGAGGGUCAAGUUUUACGACGAAAACACAAGGCAGUGGUGGAUGCCAGACACAGGGGGCGCCAACGUACCGGCUUUGAACGAGCUGAUCUCCAUGUGGGGAAUGGCCUUUAGUGAUGGUCUCUAUGAGGGAGACUUCACUUUGGCGGACCACGACAUGUACUAUGCCUCAGGCUGCAGUAUCGCUCGUUUCCCAGAAGAUGGGAUUGUGAUUGCUAAAAAUUUAAAGGACCAAGGACUGGAAGUGCUACAGCAGGAGACUUCAGUAGUAGAGGCAGUGCCCAUUCUAGGACUGUACCAAACCCCCUCUGAUGGGGGAGGCCGCAUUGCACUCUAUGGAGAUUCAAACUGUAUCGACGACAGUCAUCGGCAGAAAGACUGUUUUUGGUUGCUGGAUGCCCUCCUGCAGUAUACCUCCUACAGCAUGACUCCUCCAAGUCUGAGCCACUCCCACAGCCGAGUGGCACCACCUACAGGUUUAGACCGGCCACUGCCACAAAGACUGGAAGGGAACCAUCUUUACCGUUACUCCAAGGUUCUAGAGGCUCACCUAGGGGACCCAAAACCCCGCCCUCUUCCAGCCUGUCCUCACCUGUCGUGGGCCAAGCCUCAGCCACUCAAUGAGACAGCACCUAGUAACCUAUGGAAACACCAGAAGCUUCUGUCGGUGGAUCUGGACAAAGUGGCUCUGCCCAACGUGCGGGCCUACAGACCCCAGGUCAGGCCCCUGUCUCCUGGGGAGAGCGGUGCAUGGGACAUCCCCGGAGGAAUAAUGCCUGGACGUUAUAAUCAGGAGGUUAGCCAGACCAUUCCAGUUUUUGCUUUCCUCGGAGCUAUGGUGGUCUUGUCGUUUUUUGUGGUCCAGCUGACUAAGGCCAAGAGUAAACCUAAACGCAGGAAGCAGCGCAUCAAGCGGCCCACAUACUUGCAGCAGACCACCACAGGGAAGAACCCCACAGUUUGACUGGAGCUCUACACUGCUGCUGCUGCUGCUCUCUGCAGGAGGAGGAGUUGGUUCUGUUGUUUUUGGUGUUAAAGAAAACAACAAAUUAAAGAAAAGCUUCUUGAACAUUGGAUUUGGACUUUAGUAUAUUUAUGGUCUCCUCGAGGCCUCCUGUCGUGUUAGCAUUUGUGAACUGAUGAACAGUAUUAGAAGUGUUACCUUCAAUGUAAGACCACAGUCAGACUGAACUUUGAACACUUUUACUGGAGCACCACAUCAUUGAUUCUGGUCCAAAAUGUUGCCAGACCAAAUGUUUGAACGAAAUGUGCUUUUUAUAUUUAUUUAAUUUGUUUGUGUCCCCAAACACAGAUACGAUGCUUGUACUGUAAUACACAUUGAGCUGUUGGUUACACAAUGACCAAAAUCACAUUUAUCCUGCCAAUAUUUGCUUAGUGGCGUUCCCCUGCGGAGCGUCUCUUUGGUAAACCAGACCAUGUUUCUGUACAUUGUUCUUUGUUUUUAUAUUUUGUAAAAUGAACUCUGACCAGGCGACUGAUAUGGUUAAUGCUUCAGCCGCAUUAACAGACUUAUUCCGUAUAUUCUCCAUUAAAAAAGCAUAGUCAUA